UUCACACUUUGCUGGAACUGUGGGUGGAGAUGCAGUGGUACUUCGUAGCUUCGCUUCUCACCAUUCUCACCAGUUCUCAGGGGAUUUUGACCACACUCUCACAGAGUAAUGGAGGUUAUAAGUAUGACUAUGCCACUGUUCCUUUCCUUGCCGAAGUGUUUAAGCUUCUGGUAUCUAGUGUUCUUCUUUGGAGAGAAUGCAAGAGAUCACCUCCUCCCAGAAUGACUACAGAAUGGAAGAGUAUUCGUUUAUUUCCCAUUCCUUCAAUCAUAUACCUUAUUCAUAAUAAUGUUCAAUUUGCCACCUUGACCUAUGUGGAUACAUCCACAUAUCAGAUAAUGGGAAAUCUGAAGAUUGUUACGACCGGAAUAUUAUUCAGGCUGUUCUUGAGGAGGAAGCUCUCUAAUCUACAAUGGAUGGCAAUUGUUCUAUUGGCUAUUGGAACAACAACAAGCCAGGUUAGAGGCUGUGGAGAGGCUUCAUGUGACUCCCUUUUCUCAGCACCUAUUCAAGGAUACAUGUUGGGAAUUCUGUCUGCUUGUCUUUCAGCACUAGCUGGUGUUUACACGGAGUUCUUGAUGAAGAAGAACGAUGACAGCUUAUACUGGCAGAAUGUACAGUUAUACACGUUUGGUGCAAUUUUCAACAUGGCACGACUUAUCUUGGAUGAUUACAGAAGCGGAUUUGAGAAAGGGCCAUGGUGGCAUCGCCUUUUUAAUGGAUACAGUGUCACAACAUGGAUGGUGGUUUUGAAUCUAGGGUCUACUGGUCUUCUGGUUUCAUGGUUAAUGAAAUAUGCUGACAAUAUUGUAAAGGUGUAUUCUACAUCAAUGGCUAUGCUGCUGACAAUGGUUUUAUCUGUGUUCCUCUUCAAUUUUAAGCCAACUUUGCAGCUUUUCUUGGGUAUUGUCAUCUGCAUGAUGUCUCUACACAUGUAUUUUGCCCCUCCAACCAUGCUUGUAGAUUUGCCUCUGACUGUAAAAUCAGCUCCAGAGAGUCAUCUUGAUCGAAGAACAAAUUCCUGAUGUAUCUGUCAUCUUUAUCGAAUCAAGUAAUUCUUUGGUAAGCUUCCAAUUCAAAAGAAAAAAUUAAUUUAAUGAAAAGUUGAUUAUUACUUUGUAUAGAUGAAAUUUGUUUAGAUUCGAUACGACCAAGAUAUGUAGCAUAGAAUAUCACAAAGAGGAUGAGGAUUCGUGACUUGGAUGAGCAUAGAAAACACUGUUUUAACAGCUCAAAACUCAUUUGCCUUCUAUAUGAGGAUUUUGAUUUAAUCUUGCUUUUGAGAAA